CUGCUCCUGAGGGGUCUCCUUCUCUAUAUAAGGCGCUUUGAGCUGCUCUGGAGUUACACAGCUCCUAUGUGCUUCAGGAACUCUGCCAACACGCAGCAGUCCGGUGCUCUCACAGGGAAUAACACGGCUCUCCUGCGCGCAGAGGAACUGCUCCGAAAUAUUCAGGCAACUGGGAUACUAACUUGGAAGGAUAGAGGUCGUGUCUGAGACUCUGAGGAUCUGUUCUCCACUGUCCUCUGCUGAGCUGUCAGGAUGAUCUGUGCUGCCAUGACCUGGCUGUCUGUCCUCUCCCUCUCCCUCCUGCUGGUGUGUGUCAGAGACUCAGCCUCCCUCUUCCUGCCCGACUCCAAGGAGCUCAGGCAGCUGCUGAGCCGCUAUGAAGAGGAAGUUAACCAGAGCAGCAACAGCAACAAGGCGGGCAACCGCACCAGACGAGCCAUCCGCUGGUCGGACCGUGAGGAGAUCCUCCAGCUGCACAAUAAGCUGAGGGGCGGAGUCUACCCCACCUCAUCAAACAUGGAGUACAUGGUUUGGGAUGAUGAGUUGGAGAGGACUGCCACUCUUUGGGCGGAGGAGUGUCACUGGGACCAUGGUCCUCAAGACCUGCUCGCAUCUAUUGGACAAAACUUGGCUGUGCACUGGGGAAGAUACCGCUCUCCUGCCUUCCAUGUCCAGGCCUGGUACGAUGAAGUGAAAGACUACACCUAUCCCUACCCCCAUGAGUGCAACCCCUGGUGUCCAGAACGCUGCUCGGGGCCCAUGUGCACCCAUUACACCCAGCUGGUCUGGGCAACCACAAACCGAGUGGGCUGUGCCGUGCACACAUGUCCGAGGAUGGACGUGUGGGGAGAAAUAUGGGAGAACUCCAUUUACCUUGUGUGCAAUUAUUCCCCAAAAGGUAACUGGAUCGGGGAGGCCCCCUACCAACAUGGCCGCCCUUGUUCCCAGUGCCCCCCAAGCUAUGGAGGAGGAUGUAGGAAUAACCUCUGCUACAAGGACUCUGGGCGCUCAGAAACAGAGGACAUGAACGAGGUUGAGAAGCCUCAGGUCCCGCUACCACCUCGUACCACUGCCAAACCUGCCCCCAAACCGAAACCAUCUCCUCCAAAGAAACCUGCGUCCAAACCCUCCACUAAACCCAGCACUCCCAGGGUGCCACCAUCAAAGACUCCCAGCAGCACCUUUCUUGCUCAGAACAUUAAGUGUGAGACGAGACUGCGAGAUAAGUGCAGAGGUUCAACCUGCAACAGAUAUAAGUGUCCUGCUAACUGUCUGAAUAAGAAAGGGAAAGUUUGGGGAACCCUCUUCUAUGAUGUGCAAUCAAGUAUUUGCAGAACUGCUAUCCAUUUUGGCGUCAUCGACAACAACGGAGGAGUGGUGGACGUCACAAGGAUGGACAAGUUCCCAUUUUUUGUCAAAGCCACAAAGAAUGGCGUCGAGUCCCUCAGUAAAUACAAACCAGGCAACGCCUUUGUUGUGGCCAAAGUGGAAGAAAUGACUGCUGACUGUUACACCACAGUGGCUGAAAUCUGCCCCUACAAAAAGCCCAACACACACUGCCCAAGAAUCCUCUGUCCAGACAACUGUAAGACUCAGCCAUCCUACUGGUCCCCUGUGAUUGGAAACAGCAUAUACGCAGAAAGCUCCAGUAUUUGUAAAGCAGCCAUCCAUGCAGGAGUAAUCAAACCAGACGGCGGUUAUGUCGAUGUUCUGCCACUGGACAAGAGAAAGAACUAUGUUGGAGUCCUGAAAAAUGGCAUUCAGUCUGAGAGCAAGAGCAACACAGAGGGAGGAUCGUUCCGAGUUUUUACCGUGAGAGUGUGAGGCUCACUUCAGAAGUCUGAAGACCAACAGAGUCACCUCAGCUGCUUCUGAAGGGCAGGAAGUGCCCACAGGUUGGAUACCAUGGCUGUUCAUCAGUCUCUGUGUCUGUGCCUGCAGUGGAAACAGAGAAUCCCAGCAGGCUGACAAAAACUUUCCACCUCUCCUUUUUGUUUAUGAGUAGCAGCCAACCAGUUAGAGUUGUCUGAUACUUCCAUGGACCUUUAUUUUGUCUGAGUAAUUCACUCCGUAUAUGAUAUUUCUUUUACAUACUUAAUCUGUGAAUACAAUGUUUUUAUAUAUUAUGAUGCAAUACACAGCUGGUGCUGCACAGUUAAACAUAUUCUAUAGAAACUUUUAUGUUUACAUUGAUGUUUUUAUUUGAAAUUUAAUUGGUUGUCAUACACAGGAAUGUAUACUGAUCACACUGUAUUUAAUCAUUGUGUACAGAAUAUUUGAUUUUUUUUUUUUUACCAUAUAUUUACAUUUUAAAAGUCUUCCCUUACUUUAAUUGUCCACCUGGAUAAUCCAUGUUUCAGAUUUAGAAACCUGAUCUAAAUCUAAAUUGUAUUAAUAUGUUAAAUGGUUUGAUUAUUGUAAGUGAUGAUGUGUUUGUUGGCUGGGUGGUCCAGAAUGUUUUACCCAGAUUCAAAAGGAUAUGAAUCAGUUUGUUAAAGGAGAUGUGUGUGGAAGCAGCAGGAAAUGGACAGUGUUUCCCUUUAGUUCCAGAUUUUGGAAGUCAUUUAGAGAAGUUGAUACAUUGCUAAAUUUACAAUGUAAAUAGGUCCCCAGAGAGGCGGAAAUAUUGAGGAAAUUUGAAAUAACAGUAGCAGACAGCUUAUGUGUUACAGAAAACAAGCAGUUAUCUUGUCAUCUUAUAUUUAUUAUUGCUUCAUGCCUUCCUCAUUUCCUCAUUUCUAUGUUUUCUGUAAUAUCAAUGAAAGGUAAUUUGAUGCUUCCCCACCUGAGACAGAUGAAUGUGACACAUGUUUCAAAGGUCCUUGUGUGUCUAUCUGAUAUUUAAACAAUUCUUAUCAUGAAACUGCAAUCUAUUUAAUUUAACAUCAUGUGGUUCAGGAUGUACACUCCUGUAAUGUUCAUCAGAAACUGGACUAAAAGUACUGUUACCAUGCGUAUAGCCCUGAUUUGAAUACUUCUCUCAAAGCUACACCCCAUCUGGAUGAUUUUUCCUAUCUUUUUCCAUUUGUCUUAAAGCAUUUCUGCCGCGUCACUUAAAUGCACAGAUAAAACCCCACUUGUGUUUCAGGACUGUUGUGUCACACUGGGGUCCCAAAUUACACAGGACUUAAUUGAGUGCCAUCAUGUUUUGUCCAUGUAUCUUAUCUCAUCAUCUAUCUUUAGUUACCUUAUCAAGAAACUGUCUUGGUGAAAUGGCUUUCUGUAUCAUAACUCAACUCCAUCUUUUUACUCUACCUCAGUCCUAUCGCAAUGCUUAGCACCAAGGUCUUCACUGUUUUUAUGGGAGAUGUUACAGAUUUUUAAAGUUGUGGAAAAUGUAAAUAUUUUUUUUUGUUUUUGUUCUUUUUUUUUUUAAGAACAACCUUUUAUGCAGUAAAAUAUGGUUUCAAUGUAAAAAAAUGUGUCUUGUUUUAUACAGGUGUUGGUGGGUUCUAUAAUUUUUGCACAAUUUGAAAAUAAAAU